AGCCCCUGUAAUUAUGUCGAUCAAUCUCGCCAGAGCAGCAAAACAGCGAUGAACAAAACCUGGGUAAACUCGAGUUCUACGGCCAGAGCUAGGUCCCGGAGAGAGAGGGGAGCCCAGGGUGCGAGUGUUCAGAGGCCGCCAGAAAGAGAAGACAGGCUGGUAGACCCGCCGCAAGGAUAUUCUGCGAGUGGUGGCGAUGAAAGAUGGCGACAACAGUCUCAGAGACGGCAGAUGUACGAGCAAUACGGAGCGAGAAGUAGCGUGAGUGAGGAAGAAUUCGGAGAUCCGGCGUCGAUUUCGCCAGCCAGCGGACAAGAAAGACAAUUACAAAGCCAAGGAGCAUACUACGUCCAACCUCCCAAGCCUUCACAAGCACAAAAGUUGAAAAGUGUGGCCGAGGCAGAAACGACUGCAUACAAUCAGCACAGGAUGGAAAAACGGGCACAGACUGCUGAGGCUAUGCGCCGUUUCCAGCCACAACCACUAGGUGGAUCGAGCUCUGCGGCUGAUGAGACGAGGGAAAAGAGAGCCAGAGAGCAGGAGAGAGAACUACAGUUGAACGCCAAAUAUGCUGGAAUUAUUCAGAAGCGAAAGAGAGACGAUCAGAUGCGGGAAAAGCGGACGAGAGAAGAAAAAGAACUUGAGCAAAAGAAGAAAAAGCAGAGAGGAAAGGCCGAGCGCUUGGAGGAAAGUAAAGGAAGAGAUGAAGAAAGGCAGAGAGAAGAAAUGAGAAGAGCAAGAUUGGCACGUUUUGACUGACAAACAUGAUCAUAAAUUAACAGCUAACAAAAGUUUUUUUAUGCAUCAUCUUUAUUAACGUCAUCAGCUUCAUAUUCUAUGACAGUUGCAAAUUCUGGUACGUCGUCGCCUGCUUGGUAGUAAACAUCCUUUAUCUGGCCGUCCCGUAUUGCGAUGAUAUCCAUCUGGGGGACAAUGCCAGAUGUGACAAAUCAUAUCACGUGGACUAUAAUGCUCAUGUAUACCUCUACUUUCAUUGCAUCCACAGUCAUGACAGUAGAGCCUUUUGUCACGGUGUCACCCGGCUUGACAAUUACCUUGGUGACGAUAGAGGGACAUUUGGGUGCAAUGUGACU